UACUGUUACUUGGUGCCUCUUUAGCCCAGCUAGAACUAGUCGCUGUGAAUUAUUCUUCUUUGGCUGUAUGAAUCGUUGCAUGCGCUCCAGGAGCCGAGCUUCCAUCGUUGAAAGCUCGCGUGUUCAGGAAAUGGUUGCCAUCCAAUGGUCAUUUAUUUUUUAAACCCUAGAAUCAUAGGUUAUAGGGAAAUUGACCAUACUCUCUGGACAUUUUGUAAGGGUGAAGCUAGGGUUUGAACUUGGUUUGAUUUUUGCCUUACUUUCACAACGCCAGCAUGAGCCCUAUUCAGAAUUUCGAGCAGCAUUCACGUCAUCUCGUGGAGCCUGAUCCGCCAAUUCAGGCGAGGCUGCAGAUGGUGAUGGAAGUUCGGGAUAGUCUUGAGAUUGCUCACACUGCUGAGUACUUGAAUUUUCUUAAAUGUUACUUCCGGGCAUUCUCGGUUAUACUUCUGCAAAUUACAAAGCCGCAAUUUGUGGACAAUCCUGAGCACAAGCUUCGAAAUAUUGUGGUGGAGAUCUUAAAUCGUCUUCCGCACAGUGAAGUACUCCGUCCCUUUGUCCAGGACCUUCUGAAGGUAGCUAUGCAAGUACUUACUACAGAUAAUGAAGAGAAUGGCUUAAUUUGCAUCCGUAUUAUCUUUGACCUUUUGAGGAAUUUUAGACCGACUUUAGAAAAUGAGGUUCAGCCGUUUCUGGACUUUGUCUGCAAGAUUUACCAGAAUUUCAAAUUGACCGUUGGUCAUUUCUUUGAGACUGGGUCGGUGGCUGGGGAAGAUGUCAAGCCCAUGGAGACUUCACUCUCAGAUCAAGGUAUAAGCACCACCUCUGCGACUGGUUUGCAGCUUAACCCAAGUACUCGCUCAUUCAAGAUAGUUACGGAGAGUCCAUUGGUGGUGAUGUUUCUAUUUCAAUUGUAUAGCCGUCUUGUCCAAGCAAAUAUUCCUCAAUUAUUACCAUUAAUGGUUGCUGCUAUAUCAGUCCCGGGCCCCGAAAAGGUUCCUCCACAUUUAAAAACUCAUUUCAUUGAGCUUAAGGGUGCACAGGUCAAGACAGUUUCUUUUCUAACUUACCUGUUGAAAAGUUAUGCUGAUUAUAUAAGGCCACAUGAAGACAGUAUAUGUAAAAGCAUUGUGAAUUUGCUUGUAACAUGUUCAGAUUCUGUAUCGAUUAGAAAGGAAUUAUUGAUAUCUCUUAAACAUGUCCUUGGAACUGAUUUUAGGAGGGGUUUAUUUCCUCUGAUUGAUACCUUAUUGGAAGAAAGGGUCCUAGUUGGAACUGGGCGGGCAUGCUUUGAGACAUUGAGGCCUUUAGCUUAUAGUCUUCUGGCAGAGAUUGUACAUCACGUUCGACAAGACCUCUCCUUAGCACAGUUGUCGCGGAUCAUUUACUUGUUCUCAAGUAAUAUGCAUGAUGCUUCGCUAUCACUAAGCAUUCACACCACAUGUGCUCGCUUGAUGCUGAAUCUGGUGGAGCCAAUUUUUGAGAAAGGCGUUGAUCAACAGUCUAUGGAUGAAGCACGGGUUCUAUUGGGUCGUAUUCUAGAUGCUUUUGUUGGGAAAUUCAGUACUUUCAAGCGUACAAUACCCCAGCUGUUGGAGGAGGGUGAGGAAGGAAAGGAUCGUGCUACUCUGAGGUCAAAACUGGAACUGCCGGUGCAGGCCGUUUUGAAUUUGCAGGUUCCUGUGGAACAUUCUAAGGAAGUUAAUGAUUGUAAGCAUUUGAUUAAGACCUUAGUGAUGGGAAUGAAGACUAUAAUAUGGAGCAUCACUCACGCACAUUUGCCUAGAUCUCAGGUGCUUGUCCCACCAUCAUCUAAUUUACCUUCGACUCAGGCAUUCAAGGGCAUGAGAGAAGAUGAGGUGUGGAAAGCCUCUGGAGUCCUGAAAAGUGGCGUGCACUGCUUAGCACUCUUCAAGGAGAAAGACGAGGAGAAGGAAAUGCUUCAGCUCUUUUCACAGAUUCUGGCUAUCAUGGAACCUCGAGAUCUAAUGGAUAUGUUCUCUUUGUGUAUGUCUGAGCUUUUUGACUGCAUGAUUGCCAACACUCAACUCGUCCAUAUAUUUUCUACCCUCUUAGCAGCCCCAAAAGUGUGUCGGCCAUUUGCUGAUGUGCUGGUUAAUUUUCUUGUGAACAACAAGCUCGAUGUAUUAAAGAACCCUGAUUCACCUGCAGCAAAACUGGCCUUGCAUCUUUUCCGGUUUAUCUUUGGUGCUGUUGUUAAAACACCUCCAGAAUUUGAACGGAUUUUGCAGCCUCAUGUGCCUGUUAUAAUGGAGUUUUGCAUGAAAAAUGCUACUGAAGUUGAAAGGCCUCUUGGUUAUGUGCAAUUGCUUCGCACAAUGUUUAGGGCACUCCAAGGAUGUAAAUUUGAACUUUUACUGCGGGACUUGGUCCCCAUGUUACAGCCCUGCCUUAAUAUGCUAUUGACUAUGCUUGAGGGGCCAACUGGGGAGGAUAUGAGGGAUCUGUUGCUGGAGCUUUGCUUGACCUUGCCUGCCCGUCUGAGCUCAUUGUUACCUUGUCUUUCUCGUCUUAUGAAGCCACUGGUAUUAUGUCUCAAAGGAAGUGAUGACCUAGUUGGUCUUGGGUUACGAACACUUGAGUUUUGGGUUGAUAGCUUAAAUCCUGAUUUUCUUGAGCCCAGCAUGGCCAAUGUUAUGUCUGAAGUGAUUCUUGUCUUGUGGUCUCACUUAAGGCCUGCUCCCUAUCUCUGGGGUGCGAAAGCACUGCAGCUUCUUGGCAAGUUGGGUGGUCGAAACAGGCGCUUUCUUAAAGAGCCUCUGGCACUUGAGUGCAAAGAGAACCCUGAGCAUGGGCUUCGCUUGAUUCUGACAUUCGAGCCUGCAACCCCAUUCUUGGUACCACUUGACCGAUGUAUAAAUCUUGCUGUGGCAUCUGUAAUGCACAAAAGUGGUGGUACGGAUGCUUUCUACAGGAAACAAGCCCUGAAGUUCCUGCGUGUUUGUCUAACAUCUCAGCUCAAUUUGCCUGGAACUGUUGCUGAUGAAGGUUGUACACCGAAGCAGCUGUCUUCCUUGCUGAUGUCUACAGCUGAUCAAUCAUUGAGGAGAUCUGAGUCACCAGAAGUAAAGGCUGACUUGGGUGUAAAGACGAAGACCCAACUUAUGGCUGAGAAGUCUGUUUUCAAGAUUCUAUUAAUGACUAUCAUUGCUGCUAAUGGUGAGCCGGACCUUGUGGAAUCUACUGAUGAUUUUGUCAUUAAUUUGUGCCGCCAUUUUGCGGUGAUAUUUCAUGUCGAUUCUUCAUCCAGUAAUGCUUCUACUGCUGCACUUGGGGUUUCAUCACUUUCAAAUAAUGUUCAUGCCAGUUCUAGGCCAAAAACUAAUGCUUCUUCAAAUUUGAAGGAACUGGAUCCAUUAAUAUUCUUAGAUGCUCUAGUUGAUGUACUAGCAGAUGAGAACAGGCUCCAUGCUAAAGCUGCUCUUGGUGCAUUAAAUGUGUUUGCGGAAACACUUGUGUUUCUGGCUCGUACAAAGCAUACUGAUGUCAUUAUGUCUAGAGGACCUGGUACUCCAAUGAUUGUAUCUAGUCCAUCAAUGAAUCCUGUAUAUUCUCCACCACCAAGUGUUCGUGUUCCUGUAUUUGAACAGCUCUUACCCCGUCUUCUGCAUUGUUGCUAUGGGCUUACAUGGCAAGCGCAGAUGGGAGGCGUUAUGGGACUAGGCGCCUUAGUUGGAAAGGUCACUGGGGAGAAGCUAUGCCUUUUUCAAGUAAGGAUUGUACGUGGUCUGAUAUAUGUCCUUAAAAAGCUUCCUAUAUAUGCUAGCAAGGAGCAAGAUGAGACAAGUCAGGUGCUCACUCAAGUUCUUAGAGUUGUAAAUAAUGCUGAUGAAGCUAAUAGUGAAUCACGGAAGCAAAGUUUUCAAGGAGUAGUUGAAUUUCUUGCUCAAGAGUUGUUUAACCAGAAUGCAUCUAUCAUUGUGAGAAAGAAUGUACAGUCAUGCUUGGCACUGUUAGCUAGCAGAACUGGCAGUGAGGUGUCUGAAUUACUUGAGCCAUGGUAUCAACCUUUACUGCAGCCUCUAAUAAUGCGGCCUCUCAAAUUAAAGACUGUAGACCAACAGGUUGGAACAGUUACGGCAUUAAAUUUCUGUUUAGCAUUGAGGCCGCCUCUUCUGAAGUUGACUCCAGAGCUAGUUAAUUUCUUGCAAGAAGCAUUGCAAAUAGCUGAGUCUGAUGAUAAUGCACUGGCUACAAAGAUUUUCAACCCAAAAGUGGUGACAUCAUUGACAAAACUUAGAACAGCUUGCAUUGAGCUACUCUGCACAACAAUGGCAUGGGCUGAUUUUAAGACUCCAAAUCAUUCUGAACUGCGUGCAAAGAUUAUAUCGAUGUUUUUUAAAUCUCUGACUUGUAGGACACCAGAAAUUGUUGCUGUUGCAAAAGAGGGCCUUCGACAGGUAAUCAAUCAAAGGAUGCCCAAAGAACUUCUGCAAAGUAGCCUUAGGCCAAUAUUAGUCAAUUUGGCGCACACAAAAAAUCUGAGCAUGCCCCUUCUGCAAGGCCUGGCCCGUCUACUUGAGCUGUUGUCCAAUUGGUUUAAUGUUACAUUGGGUGGUAAGCUUUUGGAGCAUCUAAAGAGGUGGCUGGAGCCUGAAAAGCUUGCACAGAGUCAGAAGUCAUGGAAGGCGGGUGAAGAACCAAAGAUUGCUGCAGCUAUAAUCGAGCUUUUUCACUUGCUUCCUGCUGCGGCUUCAAAGUUUCUUGAUGAGCUUGUAACCUUGACUAUUGAUUUGGAAGGAGCUCUUCCCCCAGGACAAGUUUACAGUGAAAUUAAUUGUCCAUACCGCCUUCCACUCACCAAAUUUUUAAAUCGCUAUGCACCCCUUGCAGUUGAUUAUUUUCUUGCCCGACUAAAUGACCCAAAGUAUUUCAGGCGGUUUAUGUAUAUAAUUCGGUCAGAUGCUGGUCAGCCACUAAGGGAUGAACUUGCAAAAUCACCACAGAAAAUACUUGCAAGUGCUUUCUCUGAAUUUCUGCCAAAAUCUGAUGUUACAAUGGCUGCUGCAUCAACCAGCACACAGUCUGGUUUAUUAGCAGAAGAGAGCCUUGUUGCUGCAUCCACUGAUGCUUCCAAUCCACCUGCAACACCUCCCAAUGCAACUUCAGAUGCUUACUUUCAGGGACUAGCACUGAUAAAAACCUUGGUGAAAUCCAUUCCUGGCUGGUUACAAAGUAAUCGUAUGGUGUUCGAUACGUUAGUACUUGUUUGGAAGUCACCUGCUAGAAUAUCCCGUCUGCAAAAUGAGCAAGAGUUGAGCCUAGUACAAGUUAAAGAAAGCAAGUGGCUUGUCAAAUGCUUUCUGAAUUACUUGAGGCAUGAUAAGAAUGAAGUGAAUGUUCUGUUUGAUAUACUUACCAUAUUUUUAUUUCAUAGCCGUAUUGAUUAUACAUUCCUGAAGGAGUUUUAUAUCAUUGAGGUUGCCGAAGGUUAUCCGCCCAGCAUGAAAAAGGCCCUCUUGUUGCAUUUUCUGAACCUUUUUCAAUCAAAACAACUUGGUCAUGACCAUUUGGUGGUUGUAAUGCAAAUGCUUAUUCUUCCUAUGUUAGCUCAUGCCUUUCAAAAUGGGCAAAGUUGGGAGGUUGUUGAUCCUGCUAUUAUAAAAACAAUCGUUGAUAAACUUCUUGAUCCUCCUGAAGAGGUUUCUGCUGAGUAUGACGAGCCUUUACGAAUAGAAUUGUUGCAGCUUGCCACUUUGCUCCUUAAAUAUCUUCAGAAUGAUCUCGUCCAUCACCGGAAGGAAUUAAUAAAGUUUGGGUGGAAUCAUUUGAAGCGCGAAGACACUGCAAGCAAACAGUGGGCGUUUGUGAAUGUUUGCCAUUUCUUGGAGGCUUAUCAGGCUCCUGAAAAAAUAAUACUUCAGGUUUUUGUAGCACUCCUUAGGACUUGUCAGCCAGAAAAUAAAAUGUUGGUCAAGCAGGCUCUUGACAUAUUGAUGCCAGCAUUGCCACGCCGUCUGCCUCUUGGUGAUUCCCGGAUGCCCAUAUGGAUCCGAUAUACUAAGAAGAUCCUAGUUGAAGAAGGUCAUUCAAUUCCCAACCUUAUUCACAUAUUCCAGCUUAUUGUUCGCCAUUCAGAUCUCUUCUACAGCUGCAGAGCGCAAUUUGUUCCUCAGAUGGUGAAUUCUCUGAGUCGUCUUGGAUUGCCAUACAACACCACAGCUGAAAACAGACGUCUUGCCAUUGAGCUUGCUGGAUUAGUUGUUAACUGGGAGAGGCAAAGGCAAAAUGAAAUGAAAGCUGUAACUGAUGCUGAAGCCCCCAGUCAGAUCAAUGAUGACUUUACCACUAGCUCAGCUGAUGCUAAGCGAUCCAUAGAUGGGUCUACAUUUCCUGAUGAUGCAACCAAGCGAGUAAAAGUGGAACCUGGUUUGCAAUCCUUAUGUGUUAUGUCACCUGGUGGUCCAUCAUCAAUUCCUAACAUUGAAACUCCAGGGUCUGCUAGUCAACCUGAUGAGGAAUUCAAACCAAAUGCUGCUAUGGAGGAAAUGAUUAUUAAUUUUCUUAUCAGAGUUGCACUGGUCAUAGAGCCUAAGGAUAAAGAGGCGAGUGCUAUGUAUAAACAAGCUUUGGAGUUACUUUCACAAGCUUUGGAAGUGUGGCCUAAUGCCAACGUAAAAUUUAAUUAUUUGGAAAAGCUGCUGAGCAGUAUUCAACCAUCUCAGGCAAAGGACCCUUCUACAGCUCUGGCACAGGGUUUGGAUGUCAUGAACAAGGUGUUGGAGAAACAGCCACACUUGUUCAUAAGAAACAACAUUAACCAGAUAUCUCAAAUUCUUGAACCAUGUUUCAAGCAUAAAUUGUUAGAUGGUGGGAAGUCUUUUUGCUCCCUGUUGAAGAUGAUAUUUGUUGCUUUUCCUCCGGAAGCAGCUACAACACCAGCAGAUGUAAAACUGUUGAGCCAGAAGCUGGAUGAUUUGAUCCAGAAGCAUGUAUCUACUGUCACCGCCCCUCAAACAUCUGGUGAUGAUAAUGUUGCUAGCUCAAUUAGUUUCUUAUUGCUUGUUAUUAGAACCUUGAUGGAGGUGCAAAGAAACUUCAUUGAACCUUCUAUAUUAGUUCGCAUCCUUCAACGAUUACAACGUGAUAUGGGUUCAUCAGCGGGAUCUCAUUCAAGACAAGGUCAGAGGGCAGAUACAGAUUCAGCUGUCACAUCUUCUCGCCAAGGUUCUGAUGUUGGAGCGGUAAUCUCUAAUUUAAAAUCUAUCUUGAAGCUGAUCACUGAAAGAGUGAUGAUUGUUCCUGACUGCAAACGAUCAGUGUCUCAAAUCUUGAAUGCGUUGCUCUCAGAGAAAGCUACUGAUGCUAGUGUGCUUCUUUGCAUACUUGAUGUAAUCAAAGGAUGGAUUGAAGAUGAUUUUUGUAAGCAAGGCACAUCAGUCACGUCAAGUUCCUUUCUCAAUGCAAAGGAGAUAGUCUCAUUUCUUCAGAAGCUUUCACAAGUUGAUAAACAAAACUUCCCUCCUGCUUCUUUGGAAGAGUGGGAUAGGAAAUAUUUAGGACUUCUUUAUGGGAUUUGUGCUGAUUCUAAUAAAUACCCUUUGUCCCUUCGUCAAGAGGUAUUCCAGAAGGUUGAAAGGCAGUUCAUGCUUGGUCUACGAGCCAAAGAUCCUGAAGUUAGGAUGAAAUUUUUCUCUCUCUAUCAUGAAUCCCUUGGGAAAUCACUAUUCACUAGGCUCCAGUUCAUUGUCCAAAUUCAAGAUUGGGAGGCCUUGAGUGAUGUCUUCUGGCUGAAGCAGGGCCUUGAUCUUCUUCUGGCAAUAUUAGUUGAGGAUAAGCCUAUCACACUAGCACCAAAUUCUGCCAGGGUUCCACCGCUUCUGGUUUCAAGCACUCUUCCAGAAUCAUCAGGAAUGCAGCACAAGGUCAAUGAUGUCUCUGAAGGUACUGAGGACUCUCCGCUGACAUUUGAGACCCUGGUGCAUAAGCACGCCCAGUUUCUUAACAACAUGAGCAAACUGCAGGUGGCUGAUCUUUUAAUUCCAUUGCGAGAAUUGGCCCACACAGAUGCUAAUGUUGCCUAUCAUUUGUGGGUCUUGGUGUUUCCAAUUGUCUGGGUUACAUUACAUAAAGAGGAGCAGGUGACACUGGCAAAACCAAUGAUUACUCUUCUGUCUAAAGAUUAUCAUAAGAGGCAGCAAGCCAGCAGACCAAAUGUUGUGCAAGCUCUGCUAGAAGGGCUUCAGCUGAGUCAUCCUCAACCGCGAAUGCCAAGUGAACUCAUCAAAUAUGUUGGGAAAACUUAUAAUGCAUGGCACAUUGCUUUAGCAUUACUUGAAAGUCAUGUUAUGCUGUUCAUGAAUGAUACCAAGUGCGCUGAGUCUCUGGCUGAGCUGUAUCGCUUGCUUAAUGAAGAAGAUAUGAGGUGUGGCUUGUGGAAGAAACGAUCAAUCACUGCAGAAACUAGGGCAGGGCUUUCUCUUGUUCAGCAUGGUUAUUGGCAGCGUGCUCAAAGCCUCUUUUACCAAGCCAUGGUGAAGGCAACUCAAGGAACUUAUAACAACACUGUGCCGAAGGCUGAGAUGUGUCUCUGGGAAGAGCAAUGGUUAUACUGUGCCAGUCAACUUAGUCAAUGGGAUGCCUUGGCAGACUUUGGUAAGAGUGUUGAGAAUUAUGAAAUUCUUCUUGACAGUCUCUGGAAAUUGCCUGAUUGGACAUAUAUGAAGGAUCAUGUAAUUCCUAAAGCUCAAGUGGAAGAAACUCCAAAACUUCGUUUGAUUCAAGCAUACUUUGCCCUUCAUGACAAAAACACAAAUGGCAUAGUGGAUGCUGACAACAUGGUGGGUAAAGGUGUUGAUCUUGCACUAGAACAGUGGUGGCAGCUGCCGGAAAUGUCUGUUCAUUCCAAAAUUCCCCUUCUGCAGCAAUUCCAACAAAUAGUUGAAGUUAAGGAGUCAUCCAGAAUUCUGUUGGAUAUUUCCAAUGGAAACAAAGUCUCUGGAAACUCUGUAGGUGGUGUGCAAGGAAACCUUUAUGCAGAUCUCAAGGACAUUCUUGAGACAUGGAGACUGAGAACUCCAAAUGAAUGGGAUCAUAUGUCUGUUUGGUAUGACCUACUGCAGUGGAGGAAUGAAAUGUAUAAUGCUGUCAUAGAUGCUUUCAAAGAUUUUAGCUCCACAAAUUCACAACUUCAUCACCUUGGCUACCGUGACAAAGCAUGGAAUGUGAACAGGCUUGCUCACAUUGCUCGUAAGCAAGGCCUAUAUGAUGUUUGUGUCACAAUACUUGAAAAGCUGUACGGGCACUCAACCAUGGAAGUGCAGGAAGCAUUUGUUAAAAUAACAGAGCAGGCAAAGGCAUAUUUAGAAAUGAAAGGAGAACUAACAAGUGGUCUCAAUCUGAUUAACACUACUAAUCUAGAGUAUUUCCCUCCAAAGCACAAGGCAGAGAUUUUCCGCCUGAAAGGAGAUUUCCUCUUAAAAUUAAAUGACUCUGAAAGUGCUAACCUUGCAUACUCCAAUGCCAUCAGUCUUUUCAAAAACUUGCCCAAGGGAUGGAUAAGCUGGGGAAAUUACUGUGAUAUGGCGUACAGAGAGACCCAGGAAGAGAUUUGGUUAGAAUAUGCUGUCAGCUGCUUCUUACAAGGUGUAAAAUUUGGCGUGUCAAAUUCGAGAAGCCACCUAGCUCGAGUGCUUUACCUUCUUAGCUUUGAUACUCCUAGUGAGCCUGUAGGAAGGGCAUUUGAUAAAUACUUGGACCAGAUACCUCAUUGGGUUUGGCUCUCUUGGAUUCCACAACUCUUGCUCUCCCUACAGAGAACAGAAGCUCCUCGUUGCAAACUUGUUCUACUGAAGAUUGCUAUUGUGUAUCCUCAGGCUCUUUAUUAUUGGCUACGCACAUACUUGCUGGAGAGACGUGAUGUUGCAAAUAAAUCAGAAAUUGGAAGAAUGGCAAUGGCUCAGCAGAGAGCACAACAAAGUGUUUCUGGUGCUAGUGCAGGUUCUCUUGGUGGGUUGGCUGAUGGAAAUGCACGAGUACAAGGACCAGGUGGGGGUGCCUUAUCAUCUGACAACCAAGUUCACCAAGGUUCCCAGUCCGGUGGUGGAAUUGGAUCCCAUGAUGGUGGAAACUCCCAUGGGCAAGAACCUGAAAGGUCUACAAGUGCAGAAAGCAGCAUGCAUAAUGGAAACGACCAACCUUUGCAGCAAGGUUCGGCCAAUAUCAAUGAAGGUAGUCAGAACACAUUAAGGCGUGCUGGUGCAAUUGGUCUUGCAGCAUCAGCUGCCAGCUUUGAUGCUGCGAAAGAUAUAAUGGAGGCUCUUAGGAGCAAGCAUGCUAAUUUAGCUAGUGAACUUGAGGUUCUACUAACAGAAAUUGGUUCAAGGUUUGUCACUCUUCCUGAGGAGAGGCUUCUGGCAGUGGUCAAUGCUCUGCUCCACCGCUGUUACAAAUAUCCAACAGCUACUACUGCAGAAGUUCCUCAGUCUCUCAAAAAAGAGCUCUCAGGCGUUUGCAGGGCUUGCUUCUCUGCAGAUGCAAUAAACAAGCAUGUUGAUUUUGUGAGGGAAUACAAGCAGGAUUUUGAGCGUGAUCUUGAUCCUGAAAGCACUGCCACUUUCCCAGCCACCCUGUCUGAGUUGACUGAGCGAUUAAAACACUGGAAAAAUGUUCUUCAAAGCAAUGUUGAAGACAGGUUUCCGGCAGUCUUGAAAUUGGAAGAAGAAAGUAGGGUGUUGCGGGACUUCCAUGUUAUUGAUGUCGAAGUUCCUGGGCAGUACUUCACAGACCAGGAAAUUGCACCAGAUCAUACUGUGAAGUUGGACAGGGUUGCAGCUGAUAUACCUAUUGUGCGAAGACAUGGAAGCAGUUUCAGGCGUUUGACUCUAAUUGGCUCUGAUGGUUCCCAACGCCAUUUCAUUGUCCAGACAUCUCUGACUCCUAAUGCCAGAAGUGAUGAGCGCAUAUUGCAGCUUUUCCGUGUGAUGAACCAAAUGUUUGAGAAACACAAAGAAUCAAGACGCCGUCACAUAUGCAUUCACACGCCAAUAAUUAUUCCUGUUUGGUCCCAGGUUCGCAUGGUUGAAGAUGAUUUAAUGUACAGCACCUUCCUUGAGGUCUAUGAAAAUCAUUGUGCUAGGAAUGACCGAGAAGCAGAUCUUCCAAUAACCUAUUUCAAGGAACAGUUGAACCAGGCUAUAUCUGGGCAAAUAUCGCCUGAAGCUGUUGUUGAUCUUCGGCUGCAGGCUUACAAUGAAAUAACGAAAACUCUUGUUACUGACAACAUCUUUUCACAGUAUAUGUACAAGACUCUGCCAAGCGGCAAUCACAUGUGGGCUUUUAAAAAGCAAUUUGCCAUCCAGUUGGCACUUUCAAGUUUCGUGUCUUUCAUGCUACAAAUUGGUGGAAGGUCUCCAAAUAAAAUCUUGUUUGCAAAAAACACUGGAAAAAUAUUCCAAACUGAUUUUCACCCUGCAUAUGAUGCAAAUGGACUGAUUGAGUUUAAUGAGCCUGUACCAUUCAGGCUUACAAGGAACAUGCAAGCAUUUUUCUCCCACUUUGGGGUGGAAGGCCUCAUUGUAUCUUCAAUGUGUGCUGCAGCACAGGCUGUUGUUUCUCCUAAGCAAAGCCCGCAUCUGUGGCAUCACCUUGCAAUGUUUUUCCGUGAUGAGCUGCUGUCUUGGUCUUGGAGAAGGCCACUUGGAAUGCCCAUGGCCCCUUUAGCUGGAGGGGGUUCUAUGAACCCCCAUGACUUUAAACAGAAGGUCACCACUAAUGUGGAACAUGUUAUUACACGGGUGAAGAGCAUAGCCCCACAAAAUUUCUCGGAGGAGGAGGAUAAUCCUAUGGAUCCACCCCAACCAGUGCAGAGGGGUGUUACUGAGUUGGUUGAAGCGGCCUUGAAUCCAAGAAACCUGUGCAUGAUGGAUCCAACGUGGCAUCCCUGGUUUUAGGAUCUAAAUGGUGAAAAAGCAUAUGCUAGACUACAUUUGAACUGCUAUUGAAGUUUUGUGAUAAAUAUGUAAAUGAUGAGUAAUUGUAAAGAAAACAGGUAGUUCUUUAUUUAUUAGUAUUAUUUUGUAACUAAUUCGGCUGUACUUAUUUUAGUAUAAAUACAUCUAAACCACUUUAGAAUUAAUGAAGUCUGAAUAUUGUUUCUCCCAA